CGGGAGCGCGCCCCGCGGAUGACAACAAAUUUCGUCGCGCGGCGGCUGUGGAGGUGUCUGUCUCAGCCCUGGCCUCAGGCCCUGCCACCUCCCCUCGCGCUCUUCAGCGCGCUCUCCGCGAGCCCAGUAGGACCCCCUGGAAGUCCCCGCGCCUGGGGCGUCGGGGACUCCUCGCGCCGGUCCCCGGCAGGGCUAGAGCGAGCCGCGAUGGGGUCGCCCUGAGGGACGCCGGGCGCCGGGUGAGCAUGGAGUGGCCGUCCCGGGCUUAGGCCCCAUCGCCGCCGCCGCCCGCCGGAGCCCGAGCCUGGGCCGGAGGCCAGAGCCGCUGCCGCCCGCCGCUCCAGCCGGCCCAGCCGGCCACGCUCAUCAUGCCUUGGCCGUUUUCAGAGUCCAUCAAGAAGAGGGCCUGUCGGUACCUCCUGCAGAGGUACCUGGGUCACUUCCUGCAGGAGAAGCUGAGUCUGGAGCAGCUCAGCCUGGACCUGUACCAGGGCACCGGGUCCCUCGCCCAGGUCCCCUUGGACAAAUGGUGUCUCAACGAGAUCCUGGAGUCAGCAGAUGCACCUUUAGAGGUCACUGAAGGAUUCAUACAGUCAAUUUCUCUGUCGGUUCCAUGGGGCUCCUUGCUGCAGGAUAAUUGUGCACUGGAAGUGAGAGGGUUAGAAAUGGUCUUCCGACCGAGACCUCGCCUAGCAACUGGUUCUGAGCCUAUGUAUUGGUCAAGUUUCAUGACUAGCAGUAUGCAGUUGGCAAAAGAAUGUCUCAGCCAGAAACUAACAGAUGAACAAGGAGAAGGAUCCCAGCCAUUUGAAGGGCUUGAAAAGUUUGCGGAAACCAUUGAAACAGUACUGAGAAGAGUAAAAGUCACUUUUAUAGACACUGUCUUGAGAAUUGAGCAUGUGCCAGAAAAUUCCAAAACUGGAACUGCACUUGAAAUUCGAAUAGAAAGAACUGUAUACUGUGAUGAAACUGCUGAUGAGUCCUCAGGAAUUAAUGUACAUCAGCCCACAGCUUUUGCUCACAAGUUACUUCAGCUCUCUGGAGUGUCUCUCUUCUGGGAUGAGUUUUCUGCAUCAGCAAAAUCUUCCCCAGUGUGUUCAACUGCACCAGUGGAAACUGAGCCAAAGUUGUCACCUAGCUGGAAUCCCAAAAUUGUUUAUGAACCUCAUCCACAGCUAACUAGAAAUUUACCAGAGUUAGCGCCUUCUGACCCAGUGCAGAUCGGAGGGCUGAUUGGUAAAUUGGAAUUGAGUCUCACAUUGAAACAGAAUGAAGUACUUCCCGGAGCUAAGUUGGACAUUGACGGGCAGAUAGACUCUGUUCAUCUAUUCCUGUCACCACGGCAGGUUCACCUGCUGCUGGACAUGUUUGCAGCUAUUGCUGGACCAGAAAAUUCUAACAAAAUGGGAUUAACUAAUAAAGAGAGAAAAAAUCGACCCAUGCAACAGGAAGAUGAAUAUCGAAUUCAGAUGGAAUUAAACCGGUAUUACUUGAGAAAAGAUUCUCUCCCGGUGGGUGCAUCUUCAGAGCAAAGCUUUUAUGAGGCAGAAACGGCUCGUACACCUUCUAGCCGUGAAGAAGAAGUGUUCUUCUCCAUGGCUGAUAUGGAUAUGUCCCACAGUCUCUCUUCUCUUCCACCUCUUGGGGACCCACCAAAUAUGGACCUUGAAUUAUCAUUAACCAGCACCUACACAAAUACCCCAGCAGGGUCUCCUUUAAGUACUACUGUGCUUCAGCCAACAUGGGGAGAUUUCCUUGAUCAUCAUAAAGAACAGACAGGAAGAGGGUCAACAUUGCCAUCCAACCUAGCUCACCCAGCAUCUUUGCAGAAGACUUCUCUCCCCUCUAGAUCCGUUUCAGUGGAUGAAUCUAGACCUGAACUUAUUUUCAGACUGGCUGUGGGAACUUUCUCAGUCUCUGUGCUUCACAUUGAUCCUUUAUCCCCACCUGAAACAUCAUUGAACCUUAAUCCAUUGACGUCUAUGGCGAUAGAUUUCUUUACUUGUAUAGAAAAGAUUGAUCCAGCAAGAUUUUCAACUGAAGAUUUCAAGUCGUUCCGAGAAGUAUUUGCAGAAGCUUGCUCUCACGAUCAUCUUCGAUUUAUAGGUACUGGCAUCAAAGUAUCCUAUGAACAAAGACGGAGAGCAGCUUCCCGGUAUUUUAAUACUGACCUGUCCAUUGGGCAAAUGGAACUUUUGGAAUGCCUAUUUCCUACUGAUUUUCAUUCUGUUCCUCCUCACUACACAGAGCUUUUAAUGUUCCAUUCCAAAGAACGAGUGGAUUCCCAUCCCCCUGUGUGUCUUCAGCUUCAUUAUAAGCAUUCUGAGAAUAAAGGACCCCAGGGUAACCAAGCAAGACUUAGUUCUGUUCCUCAGAAGGCAGAAUUGCAAAUUAAGCUCAAUGCAGUCUUCUGUGAGCUGGAUAUCAGUAUAGUGGACAGGUUGAACUCCUUGCUUCAGCCACAGAAACUUCCCACGGUGGAGAUGAUGGCGUCUCACGUGUACACAUCAUACAAUAAGCACAUUAGUUUGCACAAGGCUUUCACUGAAGUAUUUCUAGAUGAUUCACAUAAUCCUGCCAAUUGUCGGAUAUCAGUACAAGUUGCCACACCAGCAUUAAACCUUUCUGUACGCUUCCCAAUACCUGAUCUUCGAUCAGAUCAAGAAAGAGGACCAUGGUUUAAGAAGUCGCUUCAGAAGGAGAUCCUUCAUUUAGCAUUCACAGAUCUAGAAUUUAAGACUGAAUUUAUAGGAGGAUCAACCCCAGAACAAAUUAAAUUGGAACUUACCUUUAGAGAACUAGUUGGGUCAUUCCAGGAAGAGAAAGGAGAACCAUCUACAAAGUUUUUCCAUGUGUCUGGUGGAGUGGAUGGAGACACAGUAGCAUCAGAUGACUUUGACUGGCCACGAAUUGUGCUGAAGUUAAACCCCCCAGCCAUGCACUCCAUCUUGGAGAGAAUAGCAGCGGAAGAAGCAGAGGAGAAUGAUGGUCACUAUCAGGAAGAGGAGGAGGGCGGAGCACAUUCCCUGAAAGAUGUCUGUGAUCUGCGAAGGCCCGCGCCUUCGCCCUUCUCCUCCCGGAGAGUCAUGUUUGAGAACGAGCAGAUGGUGAUGCCAGGAGACCCUGUGGAAAUGACAGAGUUUCAAGAUAAAGCAAUGAGCAAUUCUCACUACGUGCUGGAGCUUACACUACCCAAUAUUCAUAUCACACUACCGAAUAAGAGCUUUUAUGAGAAGCUUUACAACAGGAUCUUUAAUGACUUACUACUGUGGGAACCAACUGCUCCUUCCCCAGUGGAGACAUUUGAAAACAUUUCAUAUGGUAUUGGACUUUCAGUCGCCAGCCAACUGAUUAAUACCUUCAACAAAGAUAGCUUUAGUCCGUUUAAGUCUACAGUUCACUAUGAUGAGGAGAGCGGGUCCGAGGAGGAGACACUGCAGUGCUUUCCUAGCGUCGAUCCCAACUACCGGUCCCGGAGGAAAAAAAAACUAGACUCUCAGAAUAAGAACGCGCAGAGUUUUCUUUCAGUUCUUCUGAGUAUCAAUCAUGGACUCAUGGCAGUGUUUACAGAUGUAAAGCAAGAUAAUGGAGAUCUGCUGGAAAACAAGCAUGGUGAAUUCUGGUUAGAAUUCAAUAGCGGCUCAUUAUUUUGUGUGACAAAGUAUGAAGGCUUUGAUGACAAGCACUACCUCUGCCUUCACACGAGCAGCUUCAGCCUCUACCACAAAGGCAUAGUAGAUGGAGUGAUUCUUCCUGCAGAAACGCGUCUGCCCAGUGCCACCCGCCCACACUGGUUGGAACCCACUAUUUACUGCUCAGAAGAUGACCGCGUGGGUAGAGCAUCGUCGGAUGGUGUUGGAGGAGACGCCUUGAAUAUGCUGUCUGUGGCAGUUAAAAUACUGUCUGAUAAGUCUGAGUCCAAUACAAAGGAAUUUCUCAUUGCUGUAGGACUAAAAGGGGCCACUCUCCAGCACAGAAUGCUUCCUUCUGGGCUUAGCUGGCAUGAGCAGAUUUUAUACUUCUUGAAUAUUGCUGAUGAACCUGUUUUGGGAUAUAAUCCUCCAACUUCAUUUACAACUUUUCAUGUUCAUCUCUGGAGCUGUGCACUUGAUUACAGGCCACUUUACUUGCCAAUCCGAUCUCUCCUUACUGUUGAGACAUUCAGCGUUUCUAGUAGCGUUGCCUUGGAUAAAUCAUCUUCUACUCUCAGAAUAAUCUUGGAUGAAGCUGCUUUACAUCUGUCUGACAAAUGUAAUACGGUCACUGUAAAUUUGAAUAGAGACUAUGUUCGUGUGAUGGAUAUGGGGCUUUUGGAGUUAACCAUAACUGCAGUGAAGUCUGAUUCUGAUGGAGAGCAAACCGAACCGCGCUUUGAGUUACACUGUUCAAGUGACGUCGUCCAUAUCAGAACAUGCUCAGACUCUUGUGCGGCUUUGAUGAACCUCAUUCAGUACAUCGCCAGCUAUGGGGACCUGCAUGCAGCCGGCAAGGCGGAGACGAAGCCCGGAGCCCCACAGAGAAAGGUAGAUUCCAGUGGUCACCCAGCCUCACGUGGUCCAGUUCUUCCUGAUGCAGACCAGCAGAUCUUGCGAGAACUGAUGAGUGACGCCAUGGAAGAGAUUGAUGUGCAGCAAGCCCCUCCAUCUGUAAAGCCAAAAUCUGAUGAUAUUUUGGAUGAAAAAUCACAGAUUCAGGAGCCAUGCUGUUCGGACCUCUUCUUGUUUCCAGACGAGAGCGGGCAUGUGUCCCAGGGGCCCGACCCCACUUACACGCCUUUCACUCCCCACUUGAUCAGUGACGCGGUGAGAGCUGUGCCUACUGAAAAUGAUGACUUCUGUAUUCUUUUUGCACCAAAAGCAGCCAUUCAGGAGAAGGAAGAAGAGCCAGUUGUGAAAAUAAUGGUUGAUGAUGCAAUUGUGAUAAGAGACAAUUAUUUCAGUCUGCCUGUUAAAAAGACAGAUACAAGCAAAGCCCCGUUACACUUUCCGAUUCCUGUAAUUCGCUAUGUUGUUAAGGAAGUCUCUCUUGUUUGGCACCUUUAUGGAGGGAAGGAUUUUGGAACAGUCCCUCCUGCUUCUCCAGCUAAAAGUUAUAUAAGUCCUCACAGUUCGCCUUCUCAUACUCCCACAAGACAUAGUCGUAAUAUGGGAUGUGGUGGAAAAGGAAGAAACCAUGACUUUUUAAUGGAAAUACAGCUAAGCAAGGUGAAGUUUCAGCACGAGGUCUACCCACCCUGCAAACCCGGCUGUGCGUCUAGCCUCCUCGAACACCCCGUCUCCAGGCAGGUGCUCAUCGUGCAGGACCUUGAAGUCCGCGAUCGCCUGGCAACGUCACAAAUGAAUAAGUUUCUGUACCUGUACUGCAGCAAGGAAAUGCCUCGAAAAGCUCACUCCAAUAUGCUGACAGUGAAAGCUUUGCACGUGCGCCCAGAGUCCGGCAAGUCCCCACAGGAGUGCUGCUUGCGGGUGUCGCUGAUGCCGCUGCGGCUCAACAUCGACCAGGAUGCUUUGUUCUUCCUGAAAGAUUUCUUCACAAGUCUUUCUACAGAAGUAGAGAUUCUAAUGGCUCCAGAUCCAGAAGUUAAAAAGUCUCCUGGUGCCGAUGUCACAUGCAGUUUGCCAAGGCAUUUAAGUACUUCCAAGGAGCCAAAUCUAGUUCUCUCCUACCCUGGGCCAAAACAGCCCCCCCAAGAUCCUCGAGUCAGUUCAGUGGACAUGACAAAUGGGGAGGAGGAAGAGGUCUUCUCAGUGGAAGAAGCAUCCUUUAGUGAUCAACCUGUGUUUUUUAGAGAAUUUAGAUUCACAUCAGAAGUUCCUAUUCGACUUGACUAUCAUGGCAAACACGUAUCAAUGGAUCAGGGGACGUUAGCUGGGAUUUUGAUUGGUCUGGCCCAGUUGAACUGCUCUGAACUGAAGCUGAAGCGGCUCUUCUACCGGCACGGUUUGCUAGGUGUUGACAAAUUAUUCUCAUAUGCCAUCACUGAAUGGCUUACUGACAUUAAGAAGAACCAGCUACCAGGAAUCCUGGGAGGUGUUGGGCCUAUGCAUUCACUAGUACAAUUAGUGCAAGGCCUGAAGGACCUGGUCUGGUUACCAAUAGAGCAGUACCGGAAGGAUGGCCGCCUUGUCCGAGGGUUUCAGAGAGGCGCUGCCUCCUUUGGCACUUCAACUGCCAUGGCAGCUCUCGAACUCACAAACAGGAUGGUUCAAACAAUACAGGCAGCAGCAGAGACUGCUUAUGAUAUGGUGUCUCCUGGUACCCUUGCUAUCGAGCCCAAGAAGACCAAAAGGUUUCCUCACCACCGCUUAGCGCACCAGCCAGUAGACCUGAGGGAAGGCGUGGCCAAGGCCUACAGCGUUGUCAAAGAGGGAAUCACGGACACGGCGCAGACCAUCUAUGAGACCGCUGCCCGCGAGCAUGAGAGCAGAGGCGUCACGGGCGCCGUGGGUGAGGUCUUGCGCCAGAUUCCCCCGGCGGUGGUGAAGCCUCUGAUUGUGGCCACAGAAGCAACAUCAAAUGUUUUGGGGGGCAUGAGAAACCAAAUUCGACCAGACGUCCGGCAAGACGAGUCGCAGAAGUGGCGCCACGGGGAAGACUGAGCUGCAGACGGGCUUCUCUAGACGCGGCCAGCCGAGCGGGCGCCGCCGGCGGGCAGGGCCCCGCCUUUAGCUUUACUGUGCCCAUCUCAGGAACAGCGGCGCUUCUUAGUCAGUGAUUUCCUAUCAGAACAACAUGCAGCCAAACACUCCUGCCAUUUAGGCUAGUUUGUUCUUGCCUGUGGAAAUGUUUGGUGUCAAAGUCCUUAAAGCAUCUGCUGCCAAGUUAGCAGGACGCUUGCUUUCUGUACAUGGCCGUCAUUCUUGUUACAGGUGAGAUGGUGUGCAGCCUCCUCUCACAGCGCGCAGGGAUCAGACACACUUGAGCUUGUGAAAACAUUGUGGCUCUGAGGAGCUGAUUGUUCUUAAGGUCUAAACAGAAUCACAGCUUUGAAAGUGUCGCUGAGCACGAGCGACAGAAGGCAUAGGAAGGUGAAGCAAAUAGCUGCUGGAUAGACGCCCGUCUGUUGGGCCUUGUGGUGCCCGCCAGCGACGCCGGCCGCCCUGGGCGCUGCCCUCAGUGGGGAUGGCGGCGUCAGCCAGGCUCUGUUGUAUUGCACUUUAUCCUCUGUGUGUGCAGACAAAUGCAAGUCACGUGCUGUUUAUGUAAUUGACAAAGUCUCACAAAAUAUAAAAAUGUAAGUCUGAAAGUUUCUGGCAAAGGAAAGUGGCUCCAAUGUAAUAGCUUCCAUUUACUCUAAGUGUAGAUGAAAGUGUGCAUCUGUAAGGAGCUGGGGCCCAUCUGAUUGUUUCUGUGUUCAAAUUUGAGCAGGUGCCAUGCACACUUGCUUGGAACGUGUGGAAAGGGAGACUGGGAGUGGUUUCUACUCUUAAAAUUAACCAAAAUCCUGCAGAUAUGCCCUCGUCAUCUAUUUCAAAGUACCAUUUUUACUUGGUUAACAAUGUACAUUUUGAUAACCUGUCAGGAAUGAAUAAAGUAUUUUUAUUUAAAGGUAAUGUUUAUGCUUCCCCGAGUAUUUUGCUUUUCUUAGCGUGCAUAUGUAGAUGCAAUACCGUGAUCUACCCCAGGGCGCUGGGGAGCACAUCCUCCGCCUUUACUGCUAGUGUCGAGCGAGUCAUUGCCCAGGGGUGAGAGGGGCCUGCGCCCAGGUGCACGGUCGCCAGCUCCGUCUGGAGAAAGCAUGGGGUCGCGCUCACCCCCCACCCCCCUUGUGAGUCGUGCCCGCUCGCUUCCUGAGUCGGGCAGAAUCGAGGAGGUGGCUCUGGAUUUCAGAUCUGCCCCUCAGUUUGGGGUUUGGAAAGUGCUGGAAAUUUAGAGAUUUUAGUCUCAAAGCUUGCUCAACAAAGCAGCCUGCUUCUCAGGAACACGCCCUCCUCCCUGCUCACCAAUUCCAGUAUUCUCUGCUUUCCUAUAAAGAAUGGGGCAUGCUGUGUACAUUCUCUGUAAUGGUGACUCAGGAUGAAAGUGUUUGAGCAAGAAAAGUUUUAAGUUUGUUUAAUGUUUAAAUACCUUCCAUAAUUACAUUUGGAAAAGUAUCUUUAAACUUUGGUAUUGCCGUGACCGUAAAACAAAGAAAAAAGGUGCUGGGCAGGACCCCCGUUCGCGCCUGCAGCCCUGCCGGCCAAUGACUCGGUAGAGACGUUUCAUCUGUCCACUCUGCUGUGUUCCUCUAUAAAGAAAGCCUGUUUUAGGCCAGAGCCCACCAGAGCCUUGGGCGUUUGCGGGUACUUGAGAGUGAGAAAGUGUGUGAAUAAUGUGUGGGGUGUGACUGAGUGAGGUGCCCCAAGCUUGGGCCCUGGGGGUGGUAGUGGUGACUGGAGCAGACUUCUUGCGCCUGCGCCUCGCUGGCCCCUGAGCUGGACCCCAGGAGCCAGGUAAGAGGCUGGAUCCAGAUCUGUCCCGAGUUUGCGAACCCCCCCAGUGCUCGGAGCAUGUUGGUCUGUGCAACCACCCUGGCAAGGCGCCCAGGCCACGGUGGUGACCUCUCCUGAGUGGGGCUUAUUGCAUCCCCACUUUCCCUUCCUGUCUGCCCCCACCUGCUGCUGUUUGCAAGCAGAGCACGCCGCCACAAUUUGCCUUUGGGGUAGAUGGACACAGACGUGCCCUUAUAUCACAGCAGUGGGUGUGGGUGGUCAGUAGUUUGGGUGCAGCUGGGAUUCCCAUUGAAGCAUAUAUCUUUAACAUAUUUUUAUAAUGCAGAACUCACUUUAAGGAAAAACAGCUUCCCCAGUAGCACUUCAGUCAUCUCCUAAACGCCUAAAAUGGCAAAAAUACAAAGCCAGUGCUUCCAGCCUCCCACCUGCUGUCACUGAGAAAUGCCGUUGGAAUUCGAGCAGCAUUUCAUCGCAUUGCUUUCUCAGUUUCCUUUGAAACUGUUCUGUAGACUUGAUAACUGAUGGUCUCAAAACCACCCAAACUGCUUCUGGGCCAGGCGCGUUCCACGUGCGGCCCGGCUGGGUGGCGCCUCAUGUGGCCUCCGCCAGGGCUGCAGGUGGCAGGCAGGGCCCAGACAAGCCCUUAAAAGGAGACUUCCGCACGCGCGUUGAAUGCUUCAAGGCUUACCGUUGUCUUAACAUUUCGCCUGUGCACUAAGCUGCGUGGGCUGAGACAUCAUUCAGCGUUGCUUCCGUUGCCUAUACCCACUGAGCAUUCAGGGAGCGUUCAGGGGGGGCGGCUGUAUGCUGCGCCCCUCACGUUCUCUUGACCUGCGUGGACCAGUAGAGAGGGUGUCAAGUUCAAAUUCCUUGAAAGUUAGGAACUGUUCAAACACAAGUGAUGCUCUUGUACGUGCAAGUGCAUCAACUGGACAUGCCACCUGGUGUCAAAGCAGGUUAAAUGUAAACUCGUGAGUCUGAGAUUGAAAGGAGACUACAGAGCAUACAGGUAAUGAGGGAGAAAAGACUUUUUUUCUUCAUUACCGAUAAAUCGUAAUUCUGUUUACUGGAAAUUACAGUCUUUUCAUAUAGGAAUAAUUGAGCACUUUAACGCCAAUUUGUUUUUAUCUCACUACUUUUGGGAUCAUCUAGUCACAUGGCUCCUUUUCAUAGACUUUAUAUGCACAGUUCACGUCAACGGUUUUAACCAGGAAUACUGUCACGGUGUGUCCGCCUGUCGGGGACCCACACGUGACGGCCUCUGUGGGAUACGCGCUGUGGCUUUCGGCUGUUUGUGUUCUUCAGUGUCCGCAGUUUUGAAGCCGUGUAUUGGAGUGGCAUGCUGGCCUCCUGUGGCGCCUGUCAGCCCCGGCUCAGCACGUUGCCUGGGGAACCCCAGCGCCCUGCGUUUCGGGAGCGGGAAUGUGCUGGCCUGGCGCCCUGGCACCUCCGCCCUGGGGUGGGGUGAGCAGCCCCCCAUGUUUCUCUUUGCGCCCCAGUGGACUGGUGUAGGGUGGCUUCUAGUUCUGGGCGUCCGUCUCGUCUCCUGUGUGUGACUAGUUUGUCACGCGGGCGUGUGCUCCCAUGGCUCCGUGCGGGCACCUGCUUGCCCUCACACUAACGCACCCCCCCACCCCCAAUAGGAGAAACCUGCCUGUGUAUGCCGCUGUCACUGCUGUCCCCGAAUGUUCCUAAAGCACUUAUGGAUGUCAACACUUAACAUUGACUCUGUACCCUUGUUUUUGUGGAAAUGUAACUUGUCACAUGUGACUUUAAAACGUGAAAUUAAGAAUAUUC